AUGAUAAAUCCAUUAUUAUGUUCUACUACUACUACUACUACUACUACUACUACUACUACUACUACUACUACUACUACUACUACUACUACUACUACUACUACUACUACUACUACUACUACUACUACUACUACUACUACUACUACUACUACUACUACUACUACUACUACAACUACUACUACUACUACUGUAGUUUCGGAAGACUUGUUACACAAUUGUAGCGCAUCAUUGUCGGGAAAUCACAAUUUGUAUAUGACUAGUUCAUUUUUGGUACAGAACUGA